UCAAAUAUAUAUAUGAUGAAAAAUACAACAGAAGAUAAACAAGAGUUGAACCAUGGCUUAUUAUUACAUGAACAACCACCAUCAUUAUCAACUCAUGUGGCCGAAGAUGAUAAUAGUAAUUAUGAUAAAAAAAGAUUUUGGAUAGAAUCAAAGAAGCUUUGGUACAUAGUUGGUCCUUCUAUCUUUAGCCGUGUUGCCACCUUUACAAUGAACGUGGUCACGCAAGCAUUUGCCGGUCACCUUGGUGAUGUCGAACUCGCUGCCAUCACCAUCUCCACCGGUGUCAUAGUUGGUUUCAACUUCGGCUUACUUCUUGGAAUGGCAAGUGCAUUGGAAACGUUAUGUGGGCAAGCAUUUGGGGCAAAGAGAUACAAUAUGAUCGGUAUAUAUAUGCAAAGGUCAUGGAUCGUACUAUUAGCAUGUUGUAUUGUGACACUACCUCUAUAUAUAUACGCUACCCCGAUUUUAAAGCUAUUAGGCCAAACUGAUGAGGUUGCCGAACUAUCUGGAGUAGCCGCGCUAUGGUUAAUCCCACAACACUUUUCGUUUGCGUUUUUGUUCCCGGUCCAAAGAGCCUUGCAAAGCCAGCUCAAGACUCCGGUUUUGGCUUGGGUUUCCUUGGUGAUUCUCGUGAUUCAUAUAUUGAUUACUUGGCUCUUUGCAAAUGUAUUUCAAUUUGGGAUUGUUGGAACGGUCGUUGCUUUGGAUAUAUCGUGGUGGUUGAAUUUCGUUGCCUUGUUUUCGUAUACUGUUCUUGGAGGGUGUCCUUUGACAUGGAGUGGUUUCUCAAUGCAAGCGUUUUCCGGGUUGUGGGAGUUUGUCAAACUUUCCGCUGCCUCUGGUGUCAUGCUAUGCUUGGAGAAUUGGUAUUAUCGGAUACUUAUACUAAUGACUGCGUUUUUGAAGAAUGCCACUAUUGCCGUGGAUGCAGUGUCGAUUUGCAUGAACAUUAAUGGCUGGGAAAUGAUGAUUCCUCUAGCAUUUUUCGCCGGGAUCGGAGUAAGAGUAUCCAAUGAGCUCGGGGCCGGUAAUGGGAAGGGAGCAAAAUACGCGACAAUCGUGGCAGUGUUGCAUUCAACCGUCAUCGGCCUUGUAUUCUGUGUACUAAUUAUGGCAUUUCAUAACAAGUUUGCUUUGAUUUUCUCAUCGAGCACGGUUGUUCUUGAAGCGGUUGAAAACAUGGCUUGGCUCUUAGCGUUCACUAUUCUUCUUAAUAGCAUUCAACCAGUGAUAUCCGGCGUUGCGGUGGGCUCGGGAUGGCAAUCAUGGGUUGCCUACAUUAAUUUGGGCUCCUACUAUUUGGUUGGUGUACCUGUUGGAGUUAUCUUGGGGUUGGUUUUUCAUCUUGGCGUUGAGGGAAUAUGGGGAGGAAUGAUUUUUGGUGGAACCCUGCUACAAACAAUCAUAUUAGGGGUGUUAACUAUUCGUUGCGAUUGGGACAAAGAGGCCAAAAAAGCAGUUGCAAAAUAUUCAAAUGCAACAUAAUAGGAAGAUGGUACAUUAAUAAGAAAAGUGGGUUUACGUUUCCCUGCCGAUAUAGAUGGCUUUGGCGAAAAACAGCAUAGGAAACAUUAUUUCUAAUAGUGCAUUUACGGAAGUAAGAUCAUAUAUUUUUGUUAACAUAUUCGUAAAAAUAAUUUAUUUGAGAUCAAUUUAUAUGCAAAGUAUCAUUGAUCAUA